AUGCCGCGCAAAGCGAUUGACUCGCGUAUCCCCGCUCUCAUUCGAAAUGGCGUACAGGAGAAGAAGCGCAGCUUUUUUGUGGUGGUCGGAGACCGUGCGAAAGAUGUGAUCGUUCAUCUGCACUAUAUCAUGUCAAGCGUCGAUGUGAAGCAAAACAAGUCAGUGUUGUGGGCCUACAAGAAGGAUCUGAUUGGCUUCACCAGUCACCGGAAGAAGCGUGAGUCAAAGAUCAAGAGGGAGGUCAAGCGAGGCAUUCGCGAGCCCAACCAGGAGGACCCAUUCGAGCUUUUCAUCACCCUCAACCAGAUUCGUUAUGUGUACUAUAAGGAAACCGAGAAAAUUCUGGGUAACACAUACGGCAUGUGUAUUCUUCAGGACUUUGAGGCCAUGACACCAAACCUACUGGCACGUACAGUCGAGACGGUCGAGGGAGGUGGUAUGGUAAUACUGUUGCUGAAAAGCAUGAACAGUCUGAAGCAGCUAUAUACCUUGUCCAUGGAUAUUCACUCUCGGUACCGGACCGAGGCACAUGAUGAUGUUGUUGCUCGCUUUAACGAGCGAUUCAUCCUUUCUUUGGGUAGCUGUGACUCUUGCUUGGUGGUCGAUGACGAGUUGAACGUGCUCCCGAUAUCUGGGGGCAAGAAUGUCAAACCUCUUCCUCCCCCAGAGACUGCCGAUGAUUCGAACAUUGGCACAAAGAAGGAGCUGAAGGAAAUCAAGGAUAAUCUGGCGGAUACACAACCUAUUGGUCCAUUGGUCAGCCUGGCUAAAACAGUGGACCAAGCCAAAGCACUGUUGACCUUUGUGGACGCAAUCGCCGAGAAGACCCUGAAGAGUACGGUUACUCUCACGGCAGGCCGUGGACGUGGAAAGUCUGCUGCCCUCGGUGUUUCCAUUGCGGCCGCCAUUGCCCACGGAUAUAGCAACAUUUUCAUCACCUCCCCCAGCCCUGAGAACUUGAAGACUCUGUUUGAAUUCAUCUUCAAGGGAUUCGAUGCUCUGGGCUACUUAGAUCACGUUGACUACACUAUCCUGCAAUCGACCAACCCUGAUUUCAAUAAGGCUAUUGUUAGAGUCAACAUUCACCGCAAUCACCGUCAGACUAUCCAAUACAUCCAGCCUCAGGACGCCCACGUCCUGGGACAAGCUGAGCUGUUGGUUAUUGAUGAAGCUGCUGCCAUCCCACUUCCGCUUGUGAGAAAGCUGAUGGGUCCCUACCUGGUCUUUAUGGCCUCAACCAUCAACGGUUACGAGGGUACCGGUCGCUCGCUUUCCCUGAAACUGAUUCAGCAACUUCGGGAGCAGUCUCGAGGAGGAAUGAAGAUUGAUGAUACCGAUGUUGCGGACCGAAGCACUGGCAAGACCGCGAAGAACGCGGACAAGGGCCUCGGUGGCCGAUCACUUAGAGAGAUUACCCUCGCGGAGCCUAUUCGUUAUGCCCCCGGAGACUCGGUUGAAAAGUGGCUGAACAAGGUCUUGUGUCUUGACGCAACUUUGCCCAAGUCCAGUAUGAAUACUCAGGGCUGCCCGCAUCCAUCGAAGUGUGAGCUGCUGCAGGUCAACCGCGAUACCCUUUUCUCGUUCCACCCUGUCUCUGAAAAGUUCCUUCAACAAAUGAUGGCUUUAUACGUUGCUAGUCACUAUAAGAACACACCCAAUGAUCUUCAGCUUAUGAGUGAUGCUCCCGCGCAUCAGCUCUUUGUGCUCGUUCCUCCGAUUGACGAGGAAGCGACAAAGCUACCGGAGCCGCUCUGUGUCAUCCAAGUCGCCCUUGAAGGUCGUAUCAGUAAGCAGAGUGUUCUCAACAGCCUGAGCCGUGGUCAGCGAGCCGGCGGUGACCUCAUUCCCUGGUUGGUCAGCCAGCAGUUCCAGGAUGAGGACUUUGCUGGUCUCUCUGGUGCCCGUGUUGUUCGCAUUGCAACUAACCCGGAGUAUGUUGGCAUGGGAUACGGCUCCCGCGCUUUGGAGCUUCUGACUGACUUCUACGAGGGCAAAUUCACCAGCCUGUCAGAGGAGGCGGCCGCUCCUCAAGAGGAGAUGGUCCGCGUCACAGACGAGGAGCUGGCCAACUCGAGCCUUCUGGAUGACAACGUCAAAGUCCGGGACAUUCGCUCUAUGCCUCCAUUGUUCGGUAAGCUGACGGAACGUCGUCCGGAUAUUCUGGACUACCUCGGUGUCAGCUACGGUCUUACCCCCACCCUUCACAAAUUCUGGAAGCGCUCUUCUUUUGUCCCCGUCUAUCUGCGCCAGACCCCCAACGAUCUGACUGGCGAGCACUCUUGCGUGAUGCUCCGCACUCUUUCAGUCGGUACCAACGAUGCCAGCUGGCUAGGCGCCUUCUCUCGGGACUUCCACCGCCGAUUCCUUGCCCUGCUCUCUUACCAAUUCCGUGAAUUCCCCUCGGUUCUCUCUCUCAGUAUUUGCGAAUCUGCCAACUCCGGUGCAAAACUCGACUCUUCCAUCGUCCCCCGUACUUUGAAGAAGGCCGAUAUCGAUGCUGCUUUCUCACCCUUUGAUCUGAAGCGUCUGGAUAGCUACGCUAACAACCUUCUGGAUCAUCACGUCAUCCUGGACAUGGUCCCCACUCUCUCCGAGUACUACUUCGCUAACCGACUGGGCGGCAAGGUUAGCCUCUCUGGCAUUCAGCAGUCCAUACUUCUGGCCAUUGGUCUGCAGCACAAGAGCAUCGAUGACCUGGAGAAAGAGUUGAGUCUUCCCUCCGGUCAGCUUCUUGCCAUGUUCCUCAAGAUCAUCCGCAAGGUCUCUACUCACUUCCGUGGUGUGAUUGAGGGUGCUGUCGCAGAAACUAUGCCUAAUGAGCAAGUCCCAACAUCUGCGCCCACUGGCGGUGCUCAUGACGAUGAGAUCAUUGACGAGCGCUUCCAACCGCUUGCUACAGGUCUGGAAAAGGAGCUGGAAGAAGGAGGCCAGCAGGUUGACAAGGAAAUGCGUGAGAAGCAGCGUGCUCUCAUCGACGCCCUUCCUCUAGACAAAUACGAAAUUGAUAACGGCUCCGCGUCCUGGGAGGGUGCUGAGAAGCAGAUCCGCGGUGGCGGUGCUUCCACUGUCAGUGUGAAGACCAAGUCGUCGUCUAAGCGAAAGAAGGGCGAGUCCGCCCGUGAAAUCUAUGACAAGGAGGUUGACUCCAAGAGACAAAAGAUUAUCAAGAACGGUACUGAGGGUCGGAAAAAAUAG